AUGAUUAGGCAUUUCCGCAAACUAAACCAAACAUCAGCACAAAUUGGAAAUAUAUCAGCCAGUGAGGCUGUAAAUUUGGCGGAGAGAUGUGAAAAACGAUUGCACACAAUUCUGGUAGACUUGGACGCACAGUUAGCCGAACGGCGACAGCAGCCAAAAAAAAAGCUGUCAACCCUGUCACAGGAACCGAGUCGAGGAUUGAGUGAAACUCGGACGGAUUUGGCAAACACAAAUGGCAACCACUCUCGAUUGAAUCCACCCCAACUAAUUGAGCACAAUUACGAAAACGCUCGAGGUCUAUGGCCACGGGUCCGUCGUGCUUUCAGUGACAAACGAUCGAAUCCUGUUGAACCAAAAGUGACAGAUAACUUGCAACCACAUUCAUACAGAAAUUCUGUUCCGAUCGGAAGAUAUUUGGUCACUCCAUAUUAUGAUGAUGAUUUAGAAGAAUCUUCAGGUAUACAGGCUGUUCCACUUGGAUCUAAGGCAGAGAAACUGAUUUUAAUGAAAAACCCACUACAAGAACUGAUCUCCUGUGUUACAGCAGGAACAAUCAGCGCUGCAGUUCGCAGAAACAGUCGUCGUCAAACAGUCGGUGCCGUGACCGCCGCCUUGCAAAACACAUUGCCAAAAGACAAGCAGAAGCAUCUGUCAGAAUCAUUAAAAUCUUACGAAAAGCUGACCGUAGCUUCGGUCUUACGGAAAGAAGACAUAUCUUUUCAAUACAUCGAUGUCACCGGUAUCGACUCCAUGACUCAUUCUCAUACGACUCAAUCGCAUUCGGCACUCUCAAAUCAGCGACAGGAGAACAAUAAAGCUGAGGUUGCUGACGCACCGAAAGACUUGAAAAAUCCUAAAAUUGUCGAAAAGAGAAUUAACCGGAUGAAGACAUUCCCUGCACGACAAUUCCCGUUUGUGCGUUUGCAAAGACGUAGAUCUGAACCAGCUGCACACAACUUCCUCGUCAUCCCAAGCGCAUACACCAAUAAUGAAGUGCCGCUUACUAAACCAAAAGUAGAAGAUAGUGAGUCACUCUACGAUUGUCAGCCUCACUCUGCCGAAAUGGGCAUCUCCGUUUUGUCUCCAAAUUGUAUACCCUCCGGAGUUGGUGAUACUUAUAUUGCUCAAGCUUCAACAAGACAUUCAAAGAGUCUUUCCGGGUCCAUGCUUGUAACGGAACAGGAUGAACAUGCUCAGUACGAUAACUGCUCCGUGCCAUCUACUACCACGCGUGCACUCAGUCAAUCUCUUGCUGUUUCCGGUGAAAAUAAUGCCAGUCAGACCUUGUGCCGACUGAGUUUGCCACCGAUCAAGAAAAACGAUAAAUACGCAACAAAUGUCAAAAACUUCAAAGAGUUCGCAACUCGUGAGGAAUAUCCAAAUCUUCAAUGCGAGAUAAGUGAAGCUACUACAUACUCAGUGCCUUCACAGUAUAUCAAAAAUGAGAGUCAAUUAUCCGAAACCGCCAAAUCUGUCUUUGAACGAAAAGAAAUGCGCACAUUCUAUGUACCAUCUACAGUAUUCGUAGAAACGGAAGCCCUCCCAAAUAGAGUGAAAGAUCUCACGGAAAUGAGCCAUCUGGUGUUUCUGGACGAGGCAGGCAACCCGUGUUUUGACAUUUGA